CCGGGGACCCGCAGGCCGACGCCGCUCUACCCCGCGCUUCCGGCCGUGCCUCGUUGCUCCAGGAGCGGCCGUGGCCGCGGACGCAGUUUCCAUGGGGACGGAAGAUGGCGCCGCGAGGGAAGCGGCUGUCCUCCACCCCGCUGGAAAUCCUCUUCUCUCUGAACCGAUGGUAUAUUGUGGCCUAUUUCCUGCUGGAACUCUUCAUCUUUCUGUACAAAGGUCUGCUGCUGCCGUACCCCACAGCCAAUCUGGUCCUGGACGUGGCGAUGCUCCUCCUGUACCUUGGAAUUGAACUCAUCCGCCUGUUUUUUGGCUCCAAGGGCAACCUCUGCCAGCGCAAGAUGCCGCUUGGGAUCAGCGUGGCCCUGACCUUCCCCUGCGCCACCAUGGCCGCCUACUACCUGCUGCUGCAGACCUACGCGCUCCGCCUGGAGGCCGUCCUCAACUGCAUCCUGCUCUGCUUCUGUGGCGCCGAGCUGCUGCUGGAGGCCCUCACCCUGGCCGCGUUCUCCAGCAUGGACAGGAUUUGAAGUACAAAAGUCUCAGCCAGUCUGAGCCCAGGCUGAGGUCCACAUGCUGCCCCGCUGAGGAAUGGCGGGUCCCAUUGGCCCGGGAGAGGGCGCAGUCUCCUCCACACGGACCUGUGGGCAGCCACCCCCUCAGGCUGCCGGGCCCAUCUGCUCCUCCACGACCAGCCUAAGUAUUGGGAGAGCGAGGCUGAGCCUGCCCGGAGACCAGACCCUGCCGACCCCAGGCCGCCCUCUGUGGUCAUCGUGGCCAGGAGAGCUGCUUGGGACCUCCAGCAGGACCCGGCCCGCCGCCCCGCACGUGCCGUGCCACGCUGCUCUGCGGACAGUGCUCCCAGAGUGACGCAGAGGCCCUCCUCAGAGACUGGGCUCCAGAACUUUCCGAGCAGCUCAGUGUUAUUUUUCUACCCUCGUCAUGAAACAUUUUAUAAUAAACGUGUAUUUUCUCA